AUGCUGGCUGGUGCUGUUGGCCAAACUCUUGCUAAACAUAUUACUAGAGAGAUUUUGGAGCUCAUAUUUGCCAGUGGAUUGAGUGAUGCUUUAGUGCGUUGCUUGACUGAUUUUGUCAUGUAUAUCCCGCCAUUACAAGAUACCAUAAGAGAUAGACUGCUGGAUAUUCUUAGUUUGACUCUAAAUGGUAGCCCUUAUAGGGCCCCAGGAAGCCCAAAUCACAGUCAUAAUAUGAAUGAAACCGCUGCUAGGGAGUAUAGAGAAAUGACUCUGGCCAAAGACGGCUUGUCCUCCGACAUGACUGAGAACCAGCUGAUUACACUAGCACUGACUGUGUUAGGUCUGUUCAAUUUCAAGGGUCGUUCACUCUCUGAUUUUGUCAAAGACUGUGUAAUCAGAUAUAUGGAACACGACGAUCCACAAGUGCGAAAAGCUGCCGCUCUGACUUCUUGCAAGAUUUACACUAAAGACCCUAUUUGUAACCAUGUUAGUAGCAAUGCCUUAAAGUCUGUUGGCAUUGUUAUUGAGCGGUUGCUGACAAUUUCUGUUACUGAUCCUUCGGCUGAGAUUCGAUAUGAAGUGCUAAGUUCAUUAGAUGCAAGACUUGAUCCUCAUCUUUCACAACCAGAAAAUGUCAGACUUCUCUUUAUGGCCUUAAACGACGAAGUAUUCAGUAUCCGUCAAGUAGCGAUAACAGUAAUUGGCCGACUAAGCAGAUGUAACCCGGCAUAUGUUAUCCCGUCUCUUCGAAAAACUUUGAUUCAGCUUCUUACCGAGCUUGAAUACUCUAAUAACCCCAGAAAUAAGGAAGAAAGUGCUAAAUUACUGGCAGCUCUUAUCAGGUCGUCAAAGGGCCUUAUUAAGCCUUAUGUUAAAUCGAUUCUCAAAGUUUUGAUCCCUCGUGCCAGAGACUCGAGCUCCUCAGUUGCUGCCAGCUCAAUCAAGGCCAUUGGUGAAUUGGCUCGUAUUGGUCCAAAACAAAUGGAAGAAUACAUUCCACAGUUAAUGAACUUGAUUUUGGAUACAUUCCAGGACCAGGCAUCACCAGUUAAGAGGGAUGCCGCAUUAAGAACUUUGGGUCAACUGGCAAGUAGCACAGGCUACGUCAUUGAUCCAUUUAUCGACUACCCACAAUUAUUAGGUAUCUUGAUUAAUAUCCUUCGAACAGAGCAAUCGGUACCAAUUCAACGAGAGACUGUCAGAUUACUUGGAAUUUUAGGUGCUCUGGAUCCAUACAAGUAUCGUGAGGUAGUAAGAAAAACCGAAGAUGACGAGGGUGAACGUGAACAAACUCCAAUCGAUAUUAAAUUACUUAUGAAGGGUAUGAGCCCCACAUCAGACGAAUAUUUCCCAACAGUAGUUAUCACAACACUCAUGGGUCUAUUGAAGGAUAGUUCAUUAGUUACCCAUCAUACAAUGAUAGCUCAAGCUAUUUUGUUUAUCUUCAAAUCAUUAGGUUUGAAGUGUGUUCCAUUUUUGAGCCAGAUUAUCCCUGGACUGUUGGGUGUCAUGAGAACGAGCACAAAUACCAUGACCGAGUUCUUUUUUAAGCAAUUGUCAAUUCUCGUCAACGUGGUCAAGCAGCAUAUUCGAACUUAUUUGGAUAGUAUAUUCGCUAUUAUCAAGGAGUUCUUUCCCAUUCCCUCGCUCCAACCCACUAUUUUAAUGCUUAUCGAUUCCAUUUCGCAAGCUUUGGAUGGUGAAUUCAAAAUCUAUAUUCCAUCUUUGUUACCACUGCUAAUCGGAGUGCUCCAAAAUGAUCAACAACAGGUAGGCGGGUCUCUUGAAUCUUCGAUCAAGGUUCUUAAUAGCUUUGUCACCUUCGGGUCGAAUAUUGAAGAAUAUAUCCACCUCAUUAUUCCGACAAUUGUGAAUAGGUUCGAACAUGCCCCGCUGCCAUUGCGAGUUGCUGCUAUUGAAUCAGUUGGUGACCUCUGUCGUACUGUAAAUCUGAAUGAUAUGGCUUCACGUAUAAUUCACCCCUUACUACGUGUUAUUAGAGACGGCAAUGAAGAGCUUAGGAAGGUGUCCGUUGAAACUUUGUCUUCUCUAGCUUACCAAAUGGGAUCGGAAUUCACAGUGUUUAUCGAAGUUAUCAAUCACGAACUAGCCAAAGCAAAGGUACACUCGUCCACAUACGAGAGACUUAUUUCGAAACUGCUCAAUAAUGAGCCAUUACCGCAAAACUUGAAUCCUUUCCGCAAGCGAGACAAGAUGAGAGAUGAAGCUUCACCCGCCGAUGUGCCAUCAAUGAAGCUUCCUGUUAACCAACAGCAACUCAAGUCAGCAUGGGAUACUUCACAACGGUCGACUCGUGAAGAUUGGUAUGAGUGGAUUCGUAAAUUUAGUGUUGAAUUGCUAAAAGAAUCUCCCUCUCAUGCAAUCAGAGCAUGCUCUAGUAUUGCUGGUGUAUACCCACCUUUAGCCCGCGACCUGUUCAAUGCCAGUUUCUUCAGCUGCUGGACCGAACUCUAUGAUCAGUAUAAAGAAGAUCUUGUUAAGCAUAUUGAAGCUGCGCUGACGUCUCCGAAUAUCCCUCCUGAAGUCCUACAAGUCAUCCUAAACCUUGCUGAGUACAUGGAACAUGAUGAGAAACCGCUACCAAUCGACAUCAGAACUUUUGCAAUCUAUGCUCAGAAAUGUCAUGCAUAUGCCAAGGCUCUCCAUUAUAAGGAGCUAGAGUUUAUGACAGAACCUUCGACGCCUACAAUUGAAUCGUUAAUCACGAUUAAUAACCAAUUGCAACAGUCAGAUGCCGCUAUCGGUAUUCUGAAGCAUGCACAACAGCACCACAAUCUACAACUAAAGGAAACCUGGUACGAAAAGUUGCAACGAUGGGAAGAGGCAUUGGCCGCUUAUAGAGCUAGAGAAAAAACUGAACCUGAUUCAAUGGACAUUACCAUGGGUAAAAUGCGUUGCUUGCAUGCAUUGGGAGAGUGGGAGCAGUUGUCACAACUGGCACAAGAGAAAUGGACCAACUCUACGAAUGAGAUCCGUAGAGCAGUCGCUCCUUUGGCAGCCGCUGCCUCAUGGGGUCUUGGUCAAUGGGAAAAGAUGGAUACUUAUAUCUCGGUUAUGAAACCAGAUUCCCCCGAUCGUUCAUUCUUCAACUCUAUUCUGUAUAUUCAUCGUAGCAACUUUGAGGAAGCCUCUCAGCAAAUUCUCAAGGCUCGUGAUCAGCUUAUCACUGAGUUGACUGCACUUGUCAGUGAAAGUUAUAAUCGUGCCUAUGGUGUUGUUGUACGAGUACAGAUGCUCGCAGAACUGGAAGAAAUUAUCACCUAUAAAUUACUUCCAGAUAACGCUGAAGAAAAGGAGACCAUGAGGAAGACUUGGAUGAGACGUCUUAAAGGAUGCCAGCGUAAUGUCGAUAUUUGGCAGAGAAUGCUCAAAGUCCGUGCGCUGGUUGUCAAACCGAAGCAAGAUAUGGACAUGUGGAUUAAGUUUGCUAAUCUAUGUCGUAAAUCCAAUAGAAUGGGCUUAGCAGAGAAGUCGCUAGGAUCUCUACUGGAAAAAGAAGAUGGCGAUCACAGUUCUUCACGAGGCGGUGCACCUCCACAGGUUGUAUAUGCCCAAGUUAAAUACUUAUGGGCAACUGGAAGCCACAGAGAAGCUCUUAAUUGCUUGUUGGAGUUUACCAGUCGCAUGGCAGAAGAUCUUAACCUGGGUAGUAAUGAUGAUCUCAUAUCACAGCCAUUACCAUCAGAGAGACCGGGAGCCACAGAGGAAACUGAGCAGUAUACCAAACUUCUUGCGAGAUGUUUCUUGAAGCAAGGUGAAUGGCAAGUUAAACUAAUUCCGAAUUGGAAAACUGAUGACAAAGACGCAGUUCUGGGUGCUUAUCUUCUUGCUACCCAUUUCGAUCGCAAAUGGUAUAAAGCUUGGCAUAGUUGGGCUCUAGCGAAUUUCGAUGUUGUGUCGAUGCACGAAAGUUUGAAAAUGCAAUCCACUCAAGCAAUAGCUGCUGCUCUUGCAAAUCCCAGUGCAGGACCCCCUCCACUACCUUAUGAACCACCAAAAGAUCUUGUGCAGCGACAUGUCGUGCCAGCUCUUCGCGGUUUCUUCCAUUCUAUCUCAUUAUCAGAUCAGAAGGCACUCCAAGACAUUUUAAGAUUGCUCACCUUGUGGUUCAAAUAUGGUGGAGUAGUAGAAGCUGCUUCCGCUAUGACUGAAGGGUUUGCAAUGAUCAAGGUAGAAGUGUGGCUGGAAGUUGUACCACAGUUGAUUUCUCGAAUUCAUCAACCAGAUCCCACUGUCAGUAAAACUCUUCAUGGCCUUCUUAAUGAGCUUGGUAAGAAACAUCCACAAGCUUUGGCAUAUCCAUUGACUGUUGCCAUCAAAUCGGAUAGUGUUUCCCGCCAAAAGGCCGCGUCUACUAUUCUUGAUAAGAUGAGAGCACACAGUGCAGUUUUAGUUGAUCAGUCUGAACUAGUAAGUUUUGAACUUAUUAGAGUUGCAGUUCUUUGGCAUGAACAAUGGCAUGAGGGCUUGGAAGAUGCUUCAAGAUAUUUCUUUGGAGAGCAUAACAUUGACAAAAUGUUUGCUACGUUGGAACCGCUCCACAGAGCUCUUGAACGGGGUCCUGAAACAUUACGCGAAGUUUCUUUCCAGACUGCUUUUGGUCGAGACCUGCAUGACGCUUACGAAUGGGCUCUGAGUUAUAAGCGUACAAACGAUCUGACUCACUUGAAUCAAGCUUGGGAUAUCUACUACAGUGUAUUCAGAAGAAUCACUAGGCAACUGCCUCAAUUGCAAUCGCUCGAUUUGCAAUACGUAUCUCCCAAGCUUAUGGCUGCUCAUGAUUUGUCACUAGCUGUUCCGGGUACCUAUGUUCCUGGAAAACCAGUUAUCAGUAUUGUCAAAUUUGACCCUAUUUUCUCAGUUAUCUCGUCUAAACAGAGACCAAGAAAGGUUACUAUCAAGGGUAGUGAUGGAAAAGAAUACCAAUAUGUACUCAAGGGUCACGAAGAUAUUCGCCAAGACAACCUGGUCAUGCAAUUGUUCGGUUUGGUUAAUACACUACUUGCUGACGAUCCAGAGUGCUUUAAGAGGCAUCUUAACAUUCAACGUUAUGCAGCUAUUCCUCUAUCACCCAAGUCUGGUCUACUAGGAUGGGUACCUCACAGUGAUACCUUCCAUUAUUUGAUCAGAGAAUAUCGUGAAAAUAAGAUUCUGUUGAAUAUUGAGCACCGUAUCAUGUUACAGAUGGCACCAGACUACGAGAACUUGACACACAUCCAAAAGAUCGAAGUGUUUACUCAUGCUCUUGACAACACGCGUGGUCAAGAUCUCUAUAGAGUCCUAUGGCUCAAGAGUAGAUCUUCAGAGGCUUGGCUUGAUCGUCGUACACAAUACACGCGGUCAUUGGCCGUCAUGUCGAUGGUGGGCUAUAUUCUUGGCCUGGGUGAUAGACAUCCUUCUAAUCUGAUGAUGGACAGAUAUACAGGUAAAGUCAUUCAUAUUGAUUUUGGUGACUGUUUUGAAGCGGCCAUCUUGCGUGAGAAGUUCCCUGAAAAGGUUCCGUUUAGAUUAACUAGAAUGUUAACUUACGCAAUGGAGGUGUCUGGUAUUGAAGGAAGUUACCGUAUCACAUGUGAAAAUGUUAUGAGGUUGUUACGCGAUAAUAGUGAGUCCUUGAUGGCUAUUCUCGAAGCAUUUGCAUAUGAUCCUUUGAUCAACUGGGGUUUCGAUAUUCCUGCCAAUGCAAAAGCAGAUAAAACAUUGGUCCCAGUUCCUCCCGCAACUGACCAAACUGUAGAACGCAGGGCCAGUGUAUCGUCAUCGAAUAACCCGAAUAAUAUUGUUGAUCCUGCAGAAUUGCGAAGAAGAACGAUCGUCAACGAUAACGAGGCUUCAAAGGUUGAGGAGACAAUCCAACAAUCAGAGGUUCGUACUGCUCGUGCUCAACUGGUUUUGAGACGUAUCACCGAUAAACUGACUGGUAAUGAUUUCAAGAGGUUCCACAAUCUUGACACACCAAACCAAGUUGACAGGCUGAUCAAACAAGCAACGAACAUUGAAAACUUGUGCCAACAUUUCGUCGGAUGGUGCUCUUUCUGGUAG